AAAUAUUUAUCAGAAAUUUCUUAUAACCUAAAUUAAAUUCCAAAAACAAUUUUCCUCUACUACUUUAACGUGUGUGUUAUAUUGUUCAGAUUCUUCAAACUGAAUCACAACAUAACCAUACAAAACCCUAAUUUCCUCUCUUCUCGCAUCCCUAACAGAUUUAUUUUUACAAGUUUUUGUGGUGAAGUGAGAUUUGAUUUAGGAAGAUGAGUGUGGUGGGAUUUGAUUUUGGUAACGAGAGUUGCAUUGUUGCUGUUGCUAGACAAAGAGGGAUUGAUGUUGUGUUAAACGAUGAAUCUAAGCGUGAAACACCGGCGAUUGUGUGUUUCGGUGAAAAACAGCGGUUUAUUGGUACUGCUGGUGCUGCUUCAACCAUGAUGAAUCCUAAGAAUUCAAUUUCACAGAUUAAGAGACUUAUUGGGAAAUUGUAUUCGGAUCCGGAUUUGCAGCGUGAUCUUAAGUCGUUGCCUUUUAGUGUGGCUGAGGGGCCGGAUGGGUAUCCAUUGAUUCAGGCGCGUUAUUUGGGGGAGGUUAAGAUGUUUACCCCGACACAAGUGUUUGCGAUGAUGUUGGGGAAUAUGAAGGAGAUAGCUGAGAAGAAUCUUAAUGCUGCGGUUAAUGAUUGUUGUAUUGGGAUUCCGUGUUAUUUUACUGAUCUACAGAGAAGGGCUGUGUUGGAUGCUGCAACUAUUGCUGGUUUGCAUCCGCUUCGGUUGCUUCAUGAAACUACUGCAACUGCAUUGGCGUAUGGGAUUUAUAAGACAGAUCUGCCAGAGAAUGAUCAGCUGAAUGUAGCUUUUGUGGAUAUUGGACAUGCUAGUAUGCAGGUGUGUAUUGCUGGAUUUAAAAAGGGGCAGCUGAAAGUGUUGGCUCAUUCGUUCGAUAGGUCUCUUGGUGGUAGGGAUUUUGAUGAGGUUUUGUUUCAUCACUUUGCUGGAAAGUUUAAGGAGGAGUACAAAAUUGAUGUGCUUUCGAAUGCCAGGGCUUGUUUGAGGCUUAGGGCUGCUUGUGAGAAGAUGAAGAAGAUGCUCAGUGCAAAUCCUGUGGUGCCCCUAAACAUCGAGUGCUUGAUGGAUGAGAAGGAUGUAAAGGGUAUAAUGAAGCGUGAUGAGUUUGAGGAACUGAGUCUCCCGAUUUUGGAGCGUGUUAAGGGACCUUUGGAGAGGGCACUUGCUGAAGCAGGACUCUCAGUUGAUGAUAUACAUAUGGUGGAGGUCGUUGGUUCCGGCUCUCGUGUACCUGCUAUAAACAAGAUCUUGACGGAGUUUUUCAAGAAGGAGCCUAGGCGAACAAUGAACGCCAGUGAAUGUGUUGCUAAAGGUGCUGCAUUGCAAUGUGCUAUUCUUAGCCCAACGUUUAAAGUGCGAGAAUUUCAGGUCAAUGAAAGCUUUCCUUUCUCGAUCUCUCUUGCGUGGAAAGGUUCUGGUCCAGAUGCACAGGAUAGUGGACCCGACAAUCAGCAGAGUUCCCUUGUUUUUCCAAAGGGUAAUCCCAUACCAAGUAUCAAGGCACUGACAUUCUACAGGUCAGGAACAUUUUCCAUUGAUGCACAAUACAGUGAUGUGAAUGGGCAGCAAACACCUGCUAGGAUCAGCACAUAUACCAUUGGUCCUUUCGAAGCGAAACAAAGCGAAAAGGCAAAAGUUAAAGUGAAAGUUCGUUUGAAUGUGCAUGGAAUUGCAUCUGUUGACUUGGCAACUGUCUUGGAAGAGGAAGAAGUUGAGGCUUCAGUUUCCAAAGAAUCAGCUAAAGAGCCUACUAAGAUGGAGGCUGAUGAAGCUCCUGCUGAUCCUGCUGCACCUCCCAAUGGCAACGAUGCCGAUGUUAAUAUGCAAGAUGCAAAGGCCAAUGCUGAUACCCCUGGGGUUGAAAAUGGCGUCCCUGAGACUGGAGAUAAGCCUGCACAAAUGGAUGUUGAUGAUACCAAGGCUCCAAAGAAAAAGGUUAAGAAAACAAAUGUUCCUGUAGCAGAGUUGGUUUAUGGAGCAAUGGCACCUGUGGAUGUCCAGAAAGCUGUAGAGAAGGAGUAUGAAAUGGCUUUGCAAGAUCGCGUGAUGGAAGAAACAAAGGACAAGAAAAAUGCAGUAGAGGCUUAUGUUUAUGACAUGAGAAACAAGCUUAAUGACAAAUACCAAGAGUUUGUCAUUGCUUCUGAGAGGGAAGGUCUUACCGCAAAACUUCAGGAGGUGGAAGAUUGGCUAUAUGAGGAUGGUGAAGACGAAACUAAAGGUGUAUAUGUUGCCAAACUUGAAGAGCUCAAAAAGCAAGGCGACCCGAUCGAAGAGCGUUACAAAGAGUACGAGGAGAGGGGCACAAUAAUUGAACAGUUCAACUAUUGUAUAGGCAGUUACAGAGAAGCUGCAAUGUCAACUGAUACCAAAUUUGAUCACAUUGACAUUAACGAGAAACAAAAGGUCUUGAAUGAAUGUGUUGAAGCUGAGAACUGGCUCCGGGAGAAGAAGCAGCAGCAGGACUCGCUUCCAAAACAUGCCAACCCUGUACUCUUGGUAGCUGAAAUAAGAAAGAAAGCUGAGGCUAUUGAUAGGUUCUGCAAGCCGAUUAUGACAAAACCAAAGCCAGCCAAGCCAGCUGCUCCACAAACACCACCAAGCCCAGCUUCUUCAGGUUCUGAGCAGCAGCAACCUCAGGCAGAUGCGAAUGCCAGUGCCAGUGAAAAUGCUGGUGAUAGUGAAAAUCAGGCUUCAUCAGCAUCCACCGAACCAAUGGAAACUGAUAAGCCAGAGAAUACAAGUUCUGCCUAAUUUUUGUUCUUGAUUUAGUCUACUACAUUUUGUAUCAGCAUAUAUGACUAUGAAUUGCCAGAAUUUGUGCUGGAAACAGGGGCUUGGGUGGGUGGACAGUGAAUGGCUGCUGAUGUGUUUGAUGUGGAGCCCUCUAUGUUGGUUGGUUUGUUAAGUUUCAAUUAAUAUACUUGGUCUUUGGAAUCCGGAUUUUUUACAGAAGGGUUUUGAAGAGAAAAUGAUUGUGUGUUCUGCCUUCCUAAAUGUGUGGUGGUAAGAGGCAAAAUUACGCUCUUUAGGUUUAUAAAUUUAUAUGAUAUAUUUGAGUAUCAUUUCCAGGAUUUGAAUUAUAAUUUUGUUUCCCAUUUUGUGUUUCAA